AGAAAAGCACCCACUCUCCUUCCCUUUCUUCUCUUCAUCACCAUGUAUCCGUACCUUUAGCUGCUCCAGCUUUAGGCAAUCGGCGAUGAGGCGGUCAGGACUGCCGCACGCGAAGCACGCCCGCACCUUUCCUUUCCCAGUCUUACCACCCUUGCCGGCACCCUUGCCACCACCCUUGGCACCCUCGGAGCCCUUGUGGGGCUUCUUCUUGUUGCUGAUGCCCGCUUGAUGGUCUGCUGGCUGUUCGGUGGCUUCCCGUGUCCUUUCUUGCCCUUGGUCUUACUGACGGUCACCUUCUGGGCAGAGCACAGCAUCAUCUCCUCCAGCUGGCCAGCAGCCUGGCUGCCCUGUGCGACAGAGGGACGCUGCUUCAGCAUGUCGUUCCUCUGACGGCACAUCGUGAGCAGCUCCCUGAAUGACGGCUUCAAGCGGAUAUCCUCCGCGAGCUUCCCCUUUAUCAUUCCCCUAUAUGAAUUCUCCGACCGGGGUUUUUUCCACCUGGAAUUCCGAUGCGUGUAGGCAGCGUAUGCGAGAGCUGUUUUGGUUAAGCAAAACUAGACAGUAUGCUCUCGCUUCUGAUGCCAUCCACAUGUCGUUCGGCAGCUGAACAAAGGAGGGAAAAAAGAAAACGAUUUAUGGCAAUCCCUUCCAGUUUCCCGGAUUUCCCCUUUACUGUUUUACGGACACGCCUGCCCUUCGGGCAGGCACUCCACUUGUCCCUGUGAAGGCUUCAGGGAGUCCCUUGAAGAAGAAUUCCGCCUUCUGCACGUCCGCCAGGGGUGCGAUGUCCAGGACGUCAGCCAGCGCAUUGCAGUCUGUCACAUAUAUGUUGAAGACCGCAAU